ACGUCGUCUCGCUUCUAAAAAAAAUCAAGUUACCCGGCCCAGCGCUAGAGGGCUAGAGGCUAGACUCUCUUGAUCACGAGGUUCCAUUCCAUGUCAGUGUCAAGUUGUCAACGGAGGUGCUGGCAUCUGCCAUGUGGCGGAAAUGAUUCUUCCUGCCCAGCAUCUACUUCGGGUGCCAGCUCAUCAAUUCAUCAGCCGUCCACAAACCCGCGGGCGCAACUUCUCGGCACGUACGCAGCUGUGCGCGCGCGCGGGAGGAGUGGCGCCGCACGCAAGGUGUUUGGCGGAUUGCCUCUUCCAGAUCAUCUCCGCCGUGCUGCCUCCUGCCUUAGACAGUCGCAUGCCAUUGUUGAAUGAAGCCCGGCGCGGCUCAACGGCAACCGUUGCUUCCACUUCUGGUAGGCUCUUCAUCUUCACGAGAAACGACGAGGAAACUGGUUCGCCGUAGAGUGAUCUUUUCUCCCGCGUCCGGCCUCAGCCAGUUGAUAUUGUCCCAACCUGGCAUUUUGCUCCCAUUCGAUGACUUUUCAAGCCGCAAGCCCACCGAACAACGUGCGCGCGGACGUUUUCUUGGCAAGGCCCGAAUCCUUCCAAUCCAAUCCCCAUCCGGGCAACCGUCUGCCGUGUUGCCCCAUUCCUGCCAUGCACCGCGUGGCGCCUAGCCUCCGCAUAUGCUUCCUUUAUAAGCUUCAAACAACAACUCCCUUUUGCAGAUUCCUCGUUCGCCUGCUGCACGCUCACCACUGUACGUCCCCGAUGGCUGAAGCCAUCAGCGCGACCAGCUCGUGCCUGGAACCCCUGUGCGGUUGUCUGGAAAGCACAGGCGUGUUCGAGGCAGUGGGCCGGGAGGUGGCCGCGUUCCUUCGCAUCAAGUCGAAUUGUGGCGACCUCGAGAAGGCCCGGGACAGCCUGCGCGCCGUCGAGACGACAGUCAGGGCGCGGGUCACGGCGGAGGAGGACAAGCUGAACGUCUGUGAUCCUCAGGUGCAGGCGUGGCUCAAGCGCGUCGACGAGCUUCGCCUGGACACCAUCGACGAGGAUUACAGCAGUCUGUCGGGGUUCUCUUGCCUCUGCCAGUGCACCGUGCACGCUCGUCGCCGCGCCUCGAUCGGCAAGCGUGUUGUGGACGCGCUGGAGGAGGUGAACAAACUGACCGAGGAAGGAAGGCGGUUCAGGACAUUUGGGUUCAAGCCACCGCCGAGGGCCGUCAGUCAGUUACCCCAAACUGAGACCGUUGGGUUGGAGCCCAUGUUGGCUCGGGUCCAUGAUUUGCUUGAGAAGGGCGAGUCGAGCAUAAUUGGUGUGUGGGGUCAAGGAGGCAUCGGCAAGACGACUCUCCUGCACGCCUUCAACAAUGAUCUCGAAAUGAAAGACCACCACUACCAGGUUGUUAUUUUUAUUGAAGUAUCCAAUUCAGAGACACUGAACACAGUGGAGAUGCAGCAGACUAUCUCCGAUAGGCUUAAUUUGCCAUGGAAUGAAUCAGAGACAGUUGAGAAACGGGCCAGAUUCCUAUUGAAGGCACUGGCCAGGAAAAGAUUUCUAUUGUUACUUGAUGACGUAAGGAAGAGAUUCCGACUGGAGGAUGUCGGUAUCCCAACUCCGGACACAAAGAGCAAAAGCAAGCUGAUCCUGACAUCACGUUUCCAAGAAGUAUGCUUCCAGAUGGGUGCACAGAGGAGCCGCAUUGAAAUGAAGGUUUUGGAUGAUAAUGCUGCCUGGAACCUGUUCUUGAGCAAGCUGAGCAACGAGGCUUUUGCAGCAGUUGAGUCACCGAAUUUCAACAAGGUUGUUCGGGACCAGGCCAGGAAAAUAUUCUCCAGUUGUGGAGGUCUACCACUUGCACUCAAUGUCAUUGGGACUGCUGUGGCAGGGUUGGAAGGACCAAGAGAAUGGAUUUCAGCUGCUAAUGACAUCAAUAUGUUCAGCAAUGAAGAUGUGGAUGAAAUGUUUUAUCGGCUGAAAUACAGCUAUGACAGGCUGAAACCCACUCAACAACAGUGCUUUUUGUACUGCACUCUUUUCCCAGAAUAUGGAUCUAUUAGUAAGGAACCAUUAGUUGAUUAUUGGCUGGCUGAAGGUUUGCUUCUCAAUGAUCGUCAAAAGGGUGAUCAGAUAAUUCAGAGCCUUAUUUCAGCAUGCUUGUUGCAGACCGGUAGCUCAUUGUCAUCAAAAGUAAAAAUGCACCAUGUAAUCAGGCAUAUGGGGAUUUGGUUGGUUAACAAGACAGAUCAAAAGUUUCUCGUUCAAGCAGGGAUGGCUUUGGAUAGUGCUCCACCAGCAGAAGAGUGGAAGGAAUCGACAAGGAUCUCCAUCAUGUCUAAUGAUAUCAAAGAGCUUCCUUUCUCACCGGAAUGUGAAAACCUCACUACGUUGUUGAUCCAAAAUAACCCAAAUUUGAACAAGCUGAGUUCAGGGUUUUUCAAGUUUAUGCCCUCCUUGAAAGUGCUGGAUCUUUCUCACACUGCAAUAACAACACUCCCAGAAUGUGAGACAUUGGUUGCAUUACAGCAUCUCAAUUUGUCACACACACGUAUUAGGUUAUUACCUGAGCGGCUGUGGUUAUUGAAAGAGUUGAGGCAUCUGGAUCUCAGCGUGACUGCUGAACUCGAAGAUACCUUGAACAACUGCUCAAGGUUACUCAAUUUAAGAGUUCUUAAUCUCUUUCGCAGUCACUAUGGUAUUAGUGACGUCAACGACCUGAAUCUGGAUUCCCUGAAGGCACUGAUGUUCCUUGGAAUCACUAUUUAUACAGAGAAGGUGUUAAAGAAACUGAACAAGACUAGUCCUUUGGCAAAGUCAACAUAUCGUCUGCAUCUUAAGUACUGUAGAGAAAUGCAGUCGAUCAAAAUCUCCGAUCUCGACCACUUGGUGCAACUCGAGGAGCUGUAUGUCGAAUCAUGCUAUAAUCUAAACACUCUUGUUGCUGAUACCGAGCUGACUGCAUCAGAUUCAGGCCUGCAGCUCCUCACCCUCUCAGUUCUUCCUGUGCUGGAGAACGUCAUUGUUGCACCAACGCCCCACCAUUUUCAGCACAUCCGCAAAUUGACCAUUUCGAGUUGCCCCAAGUUGAAGAACAUCACAUGGGUCCUAAAACUUGAAAUGCUCGAGAGGCUCGUCAUAACCCAUUGUGAUGGGUUGCUGAAGAUUGUUGAAGAAGACAGCGGUGAUGAGGCAGAGACAACAAUGCUGGGUCAGGGUCAUCCUUCUGAAGAACAGGAAGAUAAACGGAUUGAUGGUGGUCAAAGUGUGUGCAAGAGCGAUGACAAUGCGCAUGCUGAGCUCCUGAACCUGAGAUCAAUCGUGCUGACUGAUGUCAAGAGCCUGAGAAGUAUCUGCAAGCCAAGAAAUUUUCCCAGCCUCGAGACCAUCCGGGUGGAGGAUUGCCCGAAUCUGAGAAGCAUCCCACUGAGCAGCACGUACAACUGUGGGAAACUGAAGCAGGUGUGCGGUUCAGUUGAAUGGUGGGAGAAACUGGAGUGGGAGGACAAGGAGGGCAAGGAGAGCAAGUUCUUCAUUCCAAUCUGACAGGCCCCUCCGUUCAGCUGUUCUCGGCGGUUGCUGUGUCAGUUGGCAGGAAGCUUCGUUCAAUGCUGCCACGAAUAAGCGGUUCGGAAUCUGUAUAUGCGACGAGUUGUUUCUUUUACAGGUAGUCUGUGUAUAUUGCUUGUGUUCACAAACCUGUACAUGAUAUGAUUCAUUCAUGUAUUGCUGUAAAUGCGAUCAAUAAAAUUCCAUUUGUCUACUUGGAUAAAAAA